ACCAAACGAACACAAACACUACACCAACGGAUACGAUCAAAAUGAACGAUUUGGGAGGACUGGAUUGGUCAAUUACAUCCAGUUCCUCUUCGGCAAAGCAGCAGCAUCGGCCUGACUCCUCGAACGGGAAUUUGGGCGUACCGAACUCGAAUGGUACUCAGGGACAGUAUACCCUGCCACAGCACCUUCGAUCUCUGAAUGGAUCUGCGCAAGGUUCUUCCACCGUGAGUGCGACGGGAAGUAGGACUGGUACGCCGGCACCUGCGAAGACAGAUUCCUUUGCGAGCCUUGUGAGCUUCGGGAAGAAUGGGACUGUCAACUCGGCAAAUAUGACCAUGGAGCAGAGAAGGAAGCAGUUGGAGGCCGAGAAAGCCGCAGAGGAAGCAGAACGACGGAAGAAAGCUGAGCAGCAUUACGGCGAUAACAGUUUCUGGGACAGGAUGAGCGGGUCAACGACGCCAGCCCCGGUUGCUGUUCCGGCGAAGGCCGCUGCGUCAACGAUGGGAGCAGUUAAUCCUUCAAGGUAAGCUGCCUCGAAUGUCGUACUUCAUACAAGAUUCUGAUGACGGC